CAACCUAUAGAUUCAUACAAUACGACUGAAACCUAGAAACAAAAAUGGCGCACGGUGGCUACGAUAAACGGCGAGUCGCCGGACGAAAACCGGCAAACAAAACCACCGCCAGCAACAAAUCAUCAUUAGGUGUCGAGAAGAAACCUAAAGCCAAACUCAUCUCUCUCAAACGCCAGAUUCGCUCUACUGACCGUUUGCUCCGUAAGGACACGAGGCCUGAGGUCAAAGAAGCCUUAGAAAAGAAACUAGAAGGAUUGAAGAGUCAACAGCGGACUCUAGAUAACCUAGCUUUGGAACGUAAAUUAUCCUUGCGUUACAAAAAGAUCAAGUUUUUUGAAAGAAGGAAGUUAGAGCGCAAUAUAAGACGCUUGGAGAAACAACAGCGUACGUCAUCUGGUCAGGCACAAGAAGUUGAGAUUGCCGAGCAGCUUUCAAAGUUAAAAGAAGAUCUUGAGUAUGUUAGGUUUUUCCCCAAGACAGAAAAAUAUAUAUCUUUAUUCAAGAAAGGUGAAAAUACAGAGACUAUUGAUAAAAGAAACAGCUUACGCAAACAGAUCAAGGAAAACAUUGCUGCUGCUGUAGCCAGUGGCAAGGAUUUGGAAGAAACUGGAAGUGAUGAUGAUGGGGUGGAAUUAAGUGAAGAUGAUUUUUUUUUGAGUUCAAGUGAUGAGCCUGAUGCAGACGAUGAAUUGACUGAUAAAAGUGCAAGGGAACAAGCAUCUAGUGCUUCGGGGAAAGCAGCUUCUGAAAUGUCAAGCGAUGAAAGAAAUCAGAGGCACAUUUCGGCGCGUGCUCUUAUGCCCCCUCCACGGGCAUCAAAAGGUCCAAAUGCAACUCAUGUUAAACCAAGAUCCAACUCGUUUCAGAAAAACUCAUACUCUCGUAGGGCUGACAUGUCAUCAUCCAGUAACACAUCAACUAGUGUUGAGCGGCCUUCUUAUAAAAACCGCAGACCGUUGGAGUCAUACACUCACACAGGUAAUAGCAGUGCUUACCGGAGACCGUUGGAGCCAGGCACACACACAGGUAACAGCGGCAGUAAUUUGAGUUCAAACUCAGAUGCGCGGAAACCAAAAAGAAAGAGGCGGCCAAAGAAGAAGAAACAACAGGCCUGAUACUUGCGAUGGUAUCUAAUUUUCAAUGUUGUUUUUGUUGCUAUAAUUCGCGAGAUUGUUUAAACCAACAUGAAAGAUUAUAUAAACGCAGUUCCUAUAGUGUUAAACUAAUCA